AUGUUCAGUGCGCUGGCUGACCACAAUAUAGAUGUCUUGGAAAAGCUCCCAAUUGCCCAUGGAGCACAAUUUGGCUCAUAUAUGGAUCAGCACGAGGAUGAAUGUCUCCCAGGUACUAGGGUUGAUCUUCUCCGCGAGGUUGAAAAUUGGGCCAAGUUGUCGAAUGGCAGAUGCAUCUUUUGGUUGAGUGGAAUGGCAGGGACGGGCAAAUCAACAAUUUCGCGUACAGUUGCACGCGAAGAGGACCGAGGGAAUUCCAUGAAGCUCUUCCCGACAAUCGCACGCCAAUUAGCCCGUCAUUUUCCAGAGCUGGACGUUCGAGAGACUAUUCGCGCUGACCCGGAUAUCGCCACGAAGUCGUUGAAAGAGCAAUUUGAUAAACUAAUUCACCAACCGUUCGUGAGACUCCCAAUACCGGAGACAAAACUAACGACGGGAGUAAUCAUCAUUGAUGCGCUUGAUGAGUGCGAACGCGAUGACGAAAUUUCGAUCAUACUUGGGUUACUCCCGAAACUACAAGAAGUGCGGACAAUAAACCUACGGGUUUUUCUUACGAGCCGACCCGAUUUGCCUGUCCGCCUGGGAUUUUCGAAGAUAAAGGAUUAUCAGUAUAUUGCUCUGCAUGAUAUGCCAGUUGCAUCUACUGAAUAUGAUAUAUCUUUGUUUUUCAAUCACCACCUUCAAAAUAUCCGCAUCGAUCAAGAGCUUCCUGAUGACUGGCCAGGCCCAGAGAGCCUCCGAAGGCUUGUGAAAUUAUCUGUUCCACUUUUUAUUUUCGCUGCCACUGUAUGCCGCAUAUUCAAAGAUCCCCAAUGGGACCCUACGGAUAGUCUUGCCACUAUCUUCGCUGGUACUGAAGGGUCUAAAUUUGAUAAAACUUAUUUGCCCGUACUGAACCGAGUUCUUGUCAACCAAAGCGGUAAGGAGAAGCUAAAUCUGAUUCAAGAUUACCGAAAAAUAUUGGGAGCAGUCGUAAUGCUUGAGAGCCCACUUUCGGUCUCGGCAAUUUCGAAGCUCCUGGAUCUUUCUGAGAGGCUCAUCAACCGAAGACUUGGUACAUUUCAAUCAGUGAUAUAUAAACCAGAAGACAAAAGAUUACCUGUAUCGACUUUCCAUCUAUCAUUCCGGGAUUUUCUCAUUGACAUUGAAACGAGAGAGAAAAGUCCUCUCUGGGUGGAUGCAAAAGAGAUUCAUCAAUACUUGGCUGCACGAUGCUUUUCGGUUCUUGAGGGACUGAGAAGGAACAUUUGCGGCCUUCCGAACGAUGGCACUCUGAGUGUGAAAAUUGAUGGUGAAUGCAUCUCACCUGAAUUGAGAUAUGCUUGUCGUUUCUGGACUCAGCAUCUUUUACAUGGCAAUGAGCCAAAGUUGCUGUUUCCAACCGCCUUCAGCUUUAUUCAGAGGCAUUUGAUUCAUUGGGUGGAGGCUAUGAGCAUUCUUAAUACGCUGAGCGACGCCGUACGAAUGAUCGAAGCGUUUCAGAAAGUAGUGAAUCAAGGUCAUAUGGACACCAGAUCACUCAAAUUCUUGAAUGAUGCAAGACUGUUUAUUAUCAAGAAUAGUCAGAUUGCCCAACUCGCGCCACUUCAACUGUAUUCCUCAGCCUUAUUGUUCACCCCGACAAGUUCAAGUAUACGAGAAACAUUUAAUAAUGACCUACCGUCGUAUAUUAAGACUUCUGCAGUCAUUCAGCACAGUUCAGGUGCCGAGCUACUUACUCUCGAGGGGCAUACUGGACCUAUAUCGUCAGUGGCGUUUUCUUUUGACAACCAGCUAGUUGCAUCUAGCUCGGAAGAUUGCACAGUACGGCUUUGGAACAGCCAUACUGGCGCCCUUUAUCUGACUCUCGUGGGUCAUUCUAAGGCCGUUCUUUCCGUGACCUUCUCUUCUGAAAAACAGCUUUUAGCGUCAGGCUCAGCUGAUAAAACAAUUCGGUUAUGGGACACAGUGACUGGCGCAACGCAAAAAAUUCUCCUAGGCCAUCUUUGGUCCGUCACUUCAGUCGCGUUUUCUCCUGAUGAAGUUCUCUUGGUGUCUGGCUCGAUAGAUAUGACAUUUCGAAUCUGGAAUGUUACAGACGGUUCAUUGAGGACGACUGUGAACUGUCCUACAGGGGUAGCAUCAGUGUUAUUUUACCCUGACAGUGUUCAAGUGGUAUGUUGUCUUCUCGGAGAUGCAGCCAUUCCGAAUAGAAAGAAAGUUUUCCUAUGGGAUAUUGCUACAGAGAAAGUCACCGAUCUGUCCGAACGACUUUAUGCAUGCAACUCGUGUAUGACAUUUUCCGCAGCUGGGGAGCUACUGAUUGUCUCCUCACGUUAUAUUAAGGACCAGGUAUCGAAUCACCAGGUGUGGAAUCUCACUAGAGGUGUUAUGGAAUGGAGCUUUAAAAGUGAGAGCAAAUAUACGAUGGAAGGUGGCUACAGUCGUGUCACUUCGAUGGCAUUCUCCCCCAGAAGCCGACUAUCAGCCGUUGGAUCCAGUCAUGGGAUAGUCGAACUGGAAACUCCUGCUGGAUGCACCACCACUUUGACUGCCUCCGGAGAUAAUGUCGGGGCAGUAAAAUGUGUCUCCUUUUCCCAUCAUGGUCUAUUUCUUGCCUGUGGCUCCCAUGACUAUAAAGUUCGACUGUGGGAUUCCACCAUGAGCCAAUCAACGCAGACCUCCGAUUCUCAUGUGCGACCCCCAAGACCGAUAUUGUCUAUGGAGUUUUCUCCCGAUGGUCAUCUCCUGGCAUCUCGUUCCAGACACAACACGAUUAGCAUCUGGGAUUCAAACACAAGUGCAGUAUGCCACGAAAUUCAUACGUGCCCAAAACCGAUUCUGUUGUCCUUUUUGUCUGGUGGCCGAGUCUGUGUGAAGCAAUCGUGUGAAAAUGAAGAGUUUACCCAGGAUCCGGCUAUACGCCAGAUGCGACAUUCUUGGUCUAAAUUAAAACCGGCUUCUCACAUGCUAUUCUCACCAAAUAGCCAGUUUCUUGCCAUUCGAAAGGAGGAGAAUAUAAUCAUUAUUCUUGAGGUUGCAACAGGCAGGUUUGUUGUGUCGUCAUUAAAAGCUGACGAAGACAUUCCAAUCUGUGAAUCAACAUCAGUAGACACAACCAGGGUUUCACUUGUUUCUGGCUGGGUCAUGGUUGAUGGCGAAAAGAGCCUAUGGCUUCCACGGGAGUAUAGGAUCGGGUGUUCAGCGGCGAGAGGAAACUCUUUAGCAACUAUACAUGCGUCAGGACGAGUCUUUUUCAUUGAAUUUCAUCUAUAA